AUGGUGGACGGUACGAAGCUUCCCAUCCAUGGCGAAGCAUCACUGCAACUGCAUAUAGAUUUCCUGAAGCGGUUCAACCCCGAGAUCGAUUGGGUCAACAGUAAGGUGUGCAUCUACAACAACGGGAAGCGGAUAGAGCUACGAAGCUGGACGGAUACAGGGGAUGUUUCUGAAACGACAAUGGCACGGUUUGAACGGACGGUGAAUGAGAGAAACACGGGUUUCCUAGCACUGGUCAUGGUAGCAGCAGAGGAGGAGAAGCCGAGUUCGGAGCUUCCUGCAGCAGUGAAGGAGGUCUUGGAGCAGUACAAUCUAUCGAAGCUGGACCUAUGGUCGGGUUACUGGCAGAUCAAGAUGGCGGACAACUCGAUCCACAAGACGGCGUUCCGUACCAGAUACGGCUCCUACGAAUACUUGGUGAUGCCGUUCGGACUCUGCAACGCACCAGCAACGUUCCAGGCGGAGAUGAACCAUAUCCUACGGUCCUUGCUGGACGAGUGCGUAGUGGUGUACCUGGACGAUAUCCUCAUCUACUCCAAGAACAUGAAGGAGCACGUGGAGCAUCUACGGAAGGUGUUCGAGUUCCUACGGAAAAACAAGUUCUACGUGAAGCUGUCAAAGAGUGACGUCGCCCUGAAGAAUGUGCAGCUUUUCGAGCACAUAGUGAGUGCGGAGGGCGUACACGUGGACCCGCGGAAAAUCGAAGCCGUUAAGAAGUGGAAAGUACCGGAGAACGUGAAGGAGUUGCAGCAGUUCCUAGGCUUCGCCAACUACUACAACAGGUUCGUGCCGCAGUACGCUAAGAUAGCAGCGCCACUGACCGACCUACUGAAAAAGGAUACGCCCUUCAAAUGGGAUACUCCUCAUCAGCAAGCCAUGGAGCAGCUACAGACAGCACUGACCACAGCACCAGUACUCAUCCUACCGGACCCAGACAAGGACUACGUGGUGGAAGCAGACGCUAGUGACCAGGCAGUCGGAGCAGUAUUGAUGCAGGAUCACGGACGCGGUUUACAGCCUAUCGCCUACCUUAGUAAGAAGCUACACGGAGUAGAACUAUACUAUCUGAUUCACGACAAGGAAGCAUCAGCCAUCGUAGCCUUCAAGACUGUGUUUUCACUGACCACUGCAGUGUCAAAUAUCUGA